CACAACAGAGCAGCAGCGGACCGAGCCUCGCUCCUCCAUUUAUCCAAUAUCAUGACUUUUCUCUGCGAGAGUGAGAGGGUUUAGUGUCCCAUAAAUGGACGGGAUAGCCCUUCAAGCCUUUUAAGCCUUUUUAAAGCUUAAGUUUUUGUGUGUCUCGCCUUGGAUCCUGCAUGCAGUUUCUUCCCGUCGCCAGCAGAAAUGCCGAGGAGACAAGGAUCGGCUUCACCCGACACCGGCUCCAAUAAAGGGACUCCAGCUUUUUUUAUAGUUUAGAAGAAAAAAAAAACCUCACAGAGACAGUUUGGAGCGUCGCUUUUUUAAGGAGAAGUUUCCUCCCGGUCGGGGCGGUGGUGGCCGGUUUGAGGAGCGGGUUUUGGGGGGACAGACACCCCGAGAACAGCGCUCUGCCGGCGGCCUCGGGCUCUCCCAGCUCUGGCUCUGGCUCCAGACCUCAGCCCGGGGGGAAAAACAGCUCAAACAGCACCGGGACUCUCCUUUCUGCCUGUUUAUCGCAGCUCUUGGAUAUUUACAAACAGUUUUUUUGAGGAUAAGGAGCCACUAUCUCCCCCGGCAGCCUCCUCCAAAACAAUGGCGUCUUACGUGGAUAACAGCUUUCGGCAGGCUGUGAUGAUGAAUCCGGCUGAUCGGACGCAACAGGACCUGGAGAUUGUCUACUCGUAUCUCCAUGGGAUGGAGGCCUUAUCCAACCUACGGGAGCACCAGCUGAGGAUGAUGUGUGAGACGGUGCGUUACGAGAGGCACGAGGCCAACGAAGUGCUUUACUACCCUGAUGACAUUGGGAGCUGCUGGUACAUCCUGUUAUCUGGAUCAGUUUUCAUCAAGGAGUCCAUGUUUCUUCCCAGAAGCAGCUUUGGGAAGCGAUCAGCAGGCAGCCUGCGACGUGGAUGUGAGUGCAUCGUCCUUGAACCCUCAGAAAUGAUUGUGGUGGACUAUAUGGAUGAAAAUGAGGAAUAUUUCCAGCGACAAGCCUCGCACAGACAGUCCCGCCGGCGCUUCCGGAAGAUCAACCAGAAAGGGGAGCGGCAGACGAUCAUUGACACUGUUGAUCCGUACCCCACCGGGAAGCCACCCAUAGCCCGGGGAUACCACACGGAAUGCAAUAAACCUCAGCUCCCUGCAGACUUCAGCAGACUUCACCUGGCUGACGGCUUACACCCACAGGUGACCCACGUCUCCUCCAGCCACUCAGGAUGUAGUAUCACCAGCGACUCUGGAAGCAGCAGCCUGUCAGACAUUUACCAGGCCACGGAGAACGAGCCCGGAGACAUGGACCUCAGCGGCCUCCCCGAGACCGCCGUCGACUCCGAGGAGGACGACGACGAGGAGGACAUCGAGCGGGCGUCCGACCCCCUCAUGAGCAGGGACAUCGUGCGGGACUGCCUGGAGAAGGAUCCCAUGGACAGGACGGACGACGACAUCGAGCAAUUACUGGAGUUCAUGCAUCAACUGCCAGCGUUUGCUAACAUGACCAUGUCGGUGAGGAGGGAACUCUGCGCUGUCAUGGUCUUCGCCGUGGUCGAGCGCGCCGGAACCAUCGUUCUCAAUGAUGGAGAGGAGCUGGACUCGUGGUCGGUGAUCCUGAACGGCUCGGUGGAGGUGACGUACCCCGACAGCCGGACCGAGGUGCUGUGCAUGGGCAACAGUUUCGGAGUGUCACCCACCAUGGAGAAGGAGUACAUGAAAGGCGUGAUGAAGACCAAGGUGGACGACUGCCAGUUCGUGUGUAUAGCUCAGCAGGACUACUGCUGCAUCCUGAACCAAGUAGAGAAGAACAUGCAGAAGGUGGAGGAGGAGGGAGAGAUCGUCAUGGUGAAGGAGCAUCGUGAACUGGACCGAACCGGCACCAGGAAGGGACACAUCGUCAUCAAGGGCACAGCGGAGCGCCUCACCAUGCACCUGGUGGAGGAGCACUCGGUGGUGGACCCGACCUACAUCGAGGACUUCCUGCUGACCUACAGGACCUUCCUCUCCAGCCCCAUGGUCGUGGGCAAGAAGCUGCUGGAGUGGUUUCACGACCCCAGUCUCAGGGACAAGGUUACACGGGUAGUCUUGCUGUGGGUAAACAAUCACUUCAACGACUUUGAGGGCGACCCCGCCAUGACCCGCUUUUUGGAGGAGUUUGAAAACAACCUCGAGAAAGAAAAAAUGUGCGGGCACCUCAGACUGUUAAACAUAGCGUGUGCUGCUAAAGCCAAGCCGCGGCUGGUGACGCUAACCAAGCCGUCGCGGGACUCCCCUCUGGCGUUCAGCCUCCUCGGAGGGCAGGAGAAAGGCUUCCGCAUCUUCAUCGAUGCCGUGGAGCCAGGGAGCAAGGCAGCAGAGGCUGGCCUUAAGCGUGGCGAUCAGAUCUUGGAGGUCAAUGGGCAGAAUUUUGAGAAUGUCCAACUCAACAAAGCCAUUGAGAUCCUAAAGAACAACACCCACUUGUCCAUAACUGUGAAGACAAAUCUUUUAGUGUUUAAAGACCUGCUAACGCGACCAGAACACGACCACGACCUGGACGGCGACGAGGAACACGACAGGAAGAACGGCGCUCCCCACCUCCCCAAGAUCGGGGACAUCAAGAAGGCCAGUCGCUACUCCAUACCGGACCUGGCGGUGGACGUGGAGCAGGUCAUGGGUCUGGAGAAGGCCAGCAAAAAGGCCAAGACCAACACAGUGGGAGGACGCAACAAGCUGAAGAAGAUCUUUGACAAGACGCUCACCAGCAUCCUGCCACCCAAACCUUACAAUGAUGUUUGCGUUGGCCAAUCACAGGACGACAGCAUAGUGGGAAUGAAGCAGUCCAAACAGAUCCCACCGGCUCUGCCCGUCAGUGGGAACCUGUCGUCGUCAAACCCCGACCUGCUGCAGUCGCACCACCGCAUCCUCGACUUCAACAACCAGCCUGUGCCAGAUAUUUUGAAUAUGUCGGACCAAGUGUUGCGAGUCUUUAAGGCGGACCAGCAGUCUCGGUAUAUCAUGAUCGGGAAGGACACGACGGCUAAAGAGGUGGUGGCCCAAGCCAUCCGGGAGUUUGCCCUGACCGCCGCCCCCGAGGCGUACUCGCUGUGUGAGGUGUCCGUCACGCCAGAGGGCGUCAUCAAACAGAGGCGGUUGCCAGAUCAGCUUUCCAAGCUCGCCGACAGGAUUCAGCUGAGCGGAAGAUACUACCUAAAGAGCAACAUGGAGACGGAGACGUUGUGCUCGGACGAUGACGCCCAGGACCUUCUCCGGGAAGGCCAGAUCUCCCUGUUACAGCUCAGCACGGUGGAGGUGGCCACGCAGCUCUCCAUGCGGGCCUUUGAACUUUUCUGUGCCAUCGAGCCCACCGAGUACAUCGACGACUUGUUCAAGCUGCGCUCCAAGACCGGCUCUGCGAGCCUCAAGCGCUUCGAGGAGGCCAUCAACCACGAGACGUUCUGGGUGGCUACGGAAGUGACGCGGGAGCCCAACCAGCUCAAGCGCAUGAAAACCGUCAAGCACUUCAUCAAAAUAGCCCUGCACUGUCGGGAGUGCAAGAACUUCAGCUCCAUGUUUGCCAUCAUCAGUGGGCUGAACUUGGCUCCGGUGUCCAGACUGAGAGGAACAUGGGAGAAGUUACCUAGCAAGUAUGAGAAGUUGUUUGGGGACCUGCAGGACCUCUUCGAUCCCUCGCGAAAUAUGGCAAAGUACAGAAAUGUCCUCAACAAUCAGAACCUCCAGCCACCAAUCAUUCCCCUGUUCCCUGUCAUCAAGAAGGACCUCACCUUCCUACAUGAAGGCAACGACUCUAAGGUGGAUGGCCUGGUUAAUUUUGAGAAGCUGAGGAUGAUCGCCAAAGAAAUUCGUCACGUGGGGCGUAUGGCGUCCGUCAACAUGGACCCGGCCCUCAUGUUCCGAACCAGGAAGAAGAAAUGGAGGAGUUUAGGGUCUCUAAGUCAGGGUAGCGCCAACGCGGCCAUGCUAGACGUCAGCCAGACAGGUGGCCACAAGAAGCGGGUGCGACGCAGCUCCUUCCUAAAUGCAAAAAAGCUUUACGAGGACGCCCAGAUGGCCAGGAAGGUCAAGCAGUACCUGUCCAACCUCAGCCUGGAGACGAACGAAGAGAGUCUGCAGACCUUCUCGCUACAGUGUGAACCCUCCAUCAACACAUUGCCGAAGAACGCUGGUGGAAAGCGACCAGACACGUCUCCCGUCGUGUCCCGAGCUGCCAGCCAGCAGAGGGGCACGCUGGCCAAGGGGAACCAGGCCCUGCAGGUCCCGGCCGUCGCCCUCUACCCGUCUAGAAAGAAAGUGCCAGUCAAGGAUCUGCCGCCUUUUGGCACCAGUUCGCCCCAGUCCCUGAAGAAGAUCCUGUCUCUGUCUGAGGAGGGAAACGAAAGGCAUCGCAGGCAGCCAGAGGACACCGUGUCCAACGCCUCCUCCCAGCUCUCCUCCCCUCCCACCUCCCCCCAGAGCUCGCCCAAGAAGGGUUACGGCAGGAUGGGGGACGCCUACUCGGACUCCGGGCACAGUGAGAUCUCGUCUCGCUCCAGUCUGGUCAGCAACUCCUCUUUCGACAUGGCCCAGGAGGAGAGGAGACUCCGUCACUCUGGAGGAGUUGGAGACGCUCACAUUGGGGGACCUCGGAUGGAAAGAAGAGCCACCACCGACCCCGACCAGUACAGUCUGGGGUCGUAUUCAUCAAUGCAGGAUUGUCGGGGCAUCUACACCGGCUGCCCCACCGUUCUAUCCUCGCCCAGUUCAGAAGAACUGACUCAGGAUCAGGGCGACCGCGUCUCCCUGGACGCUGCAGACAGCGGCCGCGGCUCCUGGACGUCCUGCUCCUCCGGUUCCCACGACAACAUCCAGACUAUGCAGCAGGGGCGGAGUUGGGAGACGCUGGCCUUUGGAGGGGGAAGCGUCGGGCUUCCUUCAGGACCCGAAGCCUUACUGGGGGGUCACGCGGCGCUGUGGGCGGCGCAGGCCAGGGGGAGCUGGGCGUCCGCCAGCUCCUCCUCCUCGUCAGCGGCGUACUGGGGAGAGGACUCGGAGGGAGAUACCGGCACCAUCAAGAGGAGAGGGGGAAAGGACGUCAACGCCGACCCGGAGACAAGUAGCAUAACAUCCACCGGGUCAGAGGAGGCGAAGCAGCUGGGCCGGCCGUCUCCGUCGCCCAUCACUGCUGGAGCUCGUAAGGAGGGCCGGUACCGCGAGCCCCCCCCGACCCCGCCCGGCUACACGGCGCUGACCAUCUCCGACCUCCCGGAGGGGCAGCACCCGCCCCCGUCUGCCCCCACGUCCACGGCCACCCACUCGGGCCGCCGGCCCCCGGACUACACCACGGCCCUGCAGCGCUCGCGCAUGGUCACCCAGUCGCCCGACUCCCACCAGGCCCAGCAGGCGGCCAAGCACCGGGGCGGCCUCCACCGCACCCGCUCGCCGGCCGAGGAGCAGGAGCCCGAGGAAGAAGAGGAGGGUGAGUCCUUGUCUUCCAAACUAGUGGCUCUGAGGAAGGCGGUGGCACAGCACACAUCUGAGAGGCCAUGAGAGAGUGGGGGGUAAGCAGGCAGGGCCCCUCGUCCCCAGGCAGAGGACGAACAGGUGUCAGCAGUCUGAGGGACAGCGUUGGACGUCAUUUUGCAGUAACUUGAAGCCCCGCCCCCCCCGGUCCAGUCCGGGGUUACAGAGACAAACCACAGACUGAUCAGUUACGUACGUGCCUGCCUCCUCCACUCGGCUCUCCUUCCUCUGCUCAUCUCCCUCCCCUGCCUUAAAGCAUCAUGGGGGGUUGAAUGACCCUGCAUGCAAAAAAGAAAAAGAAAAAUAUACUGUGAAGAAGAGACGGAGAGGUCAAAGACGAUGACGCAAUGCCUGGCACUUUGGAAAAAUUUAAAAAAGACAAAAAAAACAUCAGACUUUAGAAACGGGACUGGAGCUCACCAGCUCCCCGAACCAGAGUUGUUGCUGUUGAGUUUGGGAGCGGAUCCUGAAGAUCCUGAAGACCCAACCACCAACCAAGCAGCGACUACCCCCCCCCAAACUCCCCCGAACCUUUUAACACAACAGCAUCAUGACGUGUUGACUUUCAUCUGCACUUUCUCAUUUUAUACUUUCUAAAGAACAGAAAAAAAUUAAAGAAAAAGACAAAAAACAGACUAUUGUUGAAGACGGGGAGAAACAACGGUUGACUUGAUUAAUCUUUCCACUUCCCACUAGAUCCUCCCAACGCCCCCCCCCCCGUCUCUUUUUGUUUUGUUUGUUUGUUAUGUUUGACUGAUUGCACUCUGGAGGCCGAGAAGAGAAAACAAGUCAGCCCGUCAUUUCUCCGCCUGGACUGUAACAACCCGCCUGUCGUCGAGUGUUUGAACUCUGAAUCCAGUAUUAUCUCAUGUCUCACAUGUGAAAGUUUAUAAAGCUCAUCAGUCGUCGGUUUAAAUAAAAAAAAAAAGCUUAGAGGAGCGCUCAGUCUGGAGAGCCAACAUGCAGUGUACUGACAUGCCUAUUGCCUACACACACACACGUUUUAUGUACCAGUGCAUACAUAAAAACACAGUUAGUCUAAUAAUUGCACUUUCAGCACAAUUCUAGAUGUUACCCGACAUUUGGCCUGAACUCCAGGGUGUGGGUGAUCCAUCUUUCUGUCGGAGCUCCUCCGAUUAUAUCCCAGUCCUCUCAUCUUGGUGUCCUGACCUGUAAGUUGUAUUGAAAAGCACACCCACCGAAAAUCAUGUGAGACUGCAUCAGUUGGAGGCAGACGAGGUGAAUCACGGCGCGAGCGAUCUGAUGGAAAAACUGCCUCUUGCUCCAUUUUUUUUUCUUUUUAAUUAAAUUUUUUAUUUUUUGAAAGGACCAGCAGGAGUGGUGAACAUCAGCAGAUUUCAGAUUCUAACAAAAUUAAUAAAUUUAAUCAAUUUCACAAAUUUCAAACUUCGCCCCGGAUCUUGUACAGAGUUUUUAAUUCCUUCAAAAUAAAAGCAUCCACUCUAAUUCUGAUCUGGCUUUUUUUUCUUCCAAGCGCCUUAUUAUUAUUAUUAUGAAUAUUAUUAUUAAUAAUAAUAUUUUUACACGUCCUGUCAUGGUCAUCCACGAGCAGUCUCCCAUCAUUUAGUCAUGAAGCGAAAUGCCUUAUUCAUGAUUCUUCCCCUGGCUUCUUUACUUUCAAACUAAAUGACAGCUCAGUACAAGAUGAAGUUGGAGCAUUUGGUUUGUUUUGUCGCUUCAGACGACGUCAUCAGACUCGGCCAUCACGUGUCAAAGAGUUAUCGUAUCACGUCUACACACACCCUCCCUCAGCUGUCGUGCAUUUUCAGAAACUUUUCUCGCCUGUUACAAACAUCAGCUUAGUGAACGUAUAUUCAGUUUUCCACCAUAUCUCACCGCUAAUGGAAGUGACUGAAGAUUAAGGAUGUUUUUUUUUUGGUUGUUUUUGUUUUCUUUUUCUUUGACUCCGGUGGAGAAGUUGACAUAUGAAGUAGUUUAUUUUCUUUCAAGGCUGCCAAUCAGAAUGAUUAAAAAUCCAAUUAGAAAAGAAAAUAAACGUUUGUUUUCUUUCUAUCGCUGAGGCGCACUGAUCACAUUGAUCAGUCUCGGAAAUUACAGACUGAGGAAAAAGAUGAAUGACUGCAGUGUUUUUUCCACUGUGUUCUGUGACUACACACUAAUAAUUUCUUGGGUUUCUUUUUUGUUGUUGUAAUUUUUUUGUAAUGGCUCCAGAUUGUUAAUAAUAAUUUGUUUGUGAUACAGUGGUGACAUGAAUCAUUCACUUUCAUUCAACUCUGAAGAUAAUGUGCAUAUUAGCAGGUCGAGUCCUAUUUUGAAAAACAAAAAGUUGCACAAAAAUGUAUAAGAGUAAAGAUAAGUGUAGUAGGUAGAACUGCUACUGCGUUUGAUGUGUGAUGUCAGUGAGAUAUGUACAUUUAGCUGGUGAUGACCUUCUUUUUUCAUUCUUUCUUGUACUACUUUAACCUGUAUGUCUUUUAAAAAGACAAUUGGUGGAGUAUGUAUCAGUUGUUUUUGUAUUUUUAAUACAAUAAUUGUAAAUAUUGGUUAUAUUUUUGUUCAAAUGUAAUAUGUUUAUGCCUCAACAUCCAGUUUAUAUGAAGCUGGGAAUCAAUAAAUACUGCAUAAAUA